CGGGCCGCCCUUGAAGCGGCCUGGCCGCUUGAACGGGAAGACACGAGCGGAUUGUGCCUGCCUGGUGCGCCGGCCAGGGCGAAACAAGUAGCGUACGACUGGCACAGCGCAGAUACUGCGUGAGCCAAGCCAAAUGUAAAACCUACAGUUAACUACACAAAACGAGCUUUCAGGAAGCUUGGUUGUUUCAUGAGAUGUGCUUGCUUGAAGGUUUGGCGAAUGCGCCCCUCAAGCAGGUCUAAGCCAGUAAUCAAUUCAUGCGUCAGGCUGAGCAUUUCGCAGGUGCCCAUCAAGGGUUUUGUGCAAUUCUCACUUAUUGCCAAAUGGAAGGUGAGCAAGCGCCCUUUUGGGACCAAACCGGUGCAAGGGCGCAGCAAGCCCCUUAACUUCAAACGCGGCUUCAACCUGGCAUGAAGUGAAGCGUCGUGAGCCUUUUGCGUCAGCUAGAUGAUGUUUUUUCACCUAUUUCUCCCUAGAAGGGGUGUUCUCGGAACACUUCAACUAAGUAAUCUGUAGCCCUAUCAUAACUCCGAAUAAAUGUGCCUGUGCUCUGAGAGGGCUUUGGGGUCACAGAUUCCAUGGAAUAGAGUGAAUGAGUUGCCUCGCCGAGGUGUUCUCUGAACUCCCCGGUUUAGCCAAGGAAAAAGCGCAUUGCAAAGCUUCCAGAAUGCGCCAAAAGUUUGAAAAUGCCGAGUUCUGAUCCUUGAACUUCCCGCUGGUCUCGGUUUUGCAACUCAAUGUUCAAAUUAGUAACAGUUCUUAGCAAUGCUACGAGAAAGCCAUGCCUUCAUUCUUGCUUCUUACUUAGAGCCCAGAACAAGGCCCCUGCAACAGUUGACCAGGUCAAGGCACUCACGUGAGCAACUAUCCUUCGCGAAACAACUAAGUUACUCAAGAAUACCUUACAAGUUUGUUACAUGUCGGGAAGUCCUCCAGAUGUUUCUGCAAGUUGUCCCGAAGGCCAGCGCAUGGACUGCCUGCGGCUUUGGAGGCAAUUUGCGUCAGGGGCUCCAGGUGCGAGAGCUCCUGGGCCUGCUGAUUUUCUUCCCAUAGCCCUGCCUUUCUUGCGACGUUGUCCGCGGGCCCUGCGCUGGGUGUGAGAUUUCUGCGUCACACGUUGGCCGCUUGAAAACUCGGUUCGUCACUUGAAGCAUGUAGGUUGAAGCUGGCCCCGACGCAGUCACUGCCAUGUCUGAAAAAGUUAUCCUUGCAGCCCUUGCUGCGUGGCCUGUGACGUUGCUGGGCCCAGAGGCUGCAGCCAAUUUGAGCUGCAGCCGUCGCCUUGCUUGGUGCUUCGUUCCGGAGCGCAGGGUUGCGCCUUGCACUUCAGCCAUUCUCAACACUCCAAGGACCCCGUAGGUUUCAAGAAGCGUUUCCGGAGAGGGGGAGCCAGUGUUUUCACCGGGCUUCGGUGUUCAGCGCGGCCAUGACUCAGCCAUCCGCCUGGAAAAGGCACCGGCGAGUGCCCUCCCACCAUGGCCCGCAUGGAACCAGAGGCAGGCGUGGCGACCUAUUAAAAACAACUGCGACCCUCCUCCCGCGCUCCUUCCUAAGCCGCGAUGUGUGCGAUCGGGGCAUCAGGCUCACGCCUUACAAGAAGUUGAUAUCGCAGAAGAUGUUUUAGUGAAUCGGUGCCCUCUCACAACUUAAAAUGUGCAUAAAUCCCCCGUUAGCUGAUGUCCACUGAAGGGUCCCUAGCUCAGAUUCCCACCACCGAAAGGGCGAGAAGUUGUGGCAGCUGAGCGCCAAAGUUUGACAGUUGAGCUGCGCCACAACAGCAGUACCAGGAUCAGCGGCAUUUGCCGGAAGGUUCAUGGCAAGUCUACGUUAAGACAACUGUCCUUUUCAUGUGGGGCAAGAUGCCUUUUAGGACCCAAAGCAAUAAGGCACCUGCGUUUGGCGUGGAAUGACGUCAGCUAUAACUUCGGUUUGUGUUUCAAGCCAAGUCCGUGGUAAGACGACUGGCGCUACAGAUUGGCAUUGCUCAGGCCGAGCAAGUGAUAUUUAGGGUUCAAAACCCCGAAGAACGGUUCCCAAGUCAGGAAACUUGCCGCUGUUGUGUGCCCAAAGAGUUUCAGGAAUUGAGAACUGCAAGUCCAAGAUUGCAGUGUCCAGCCCGAGCACUCAAUAUUUCUGGCACACUUUUCUGCACUUUGUAUUUGACAUCAUGGGCUCCUCCUGCAUUGAUUGUGUUUCUGGCCUGAGCAAGCCACAAGCUCGGAAGAGCAGCGGGUCUGUCAGUAGCAACAUGAAGGCGCUAAGAACAGGCACGUAAGAAUUUGAGAAGACCAAACCAGACCACACCCAGAUCUUCGUCCAAAGCCCACCUUUUUCAGAGCGCUCCGCACAAGGCUCGGCUCAUGCCGCGUCUGAAGCUGGGCCUGACCCUGUGGACAGCAUGUUUCUGGGUUUUUUCUCCCCCCAGCCAUUGAGAAUAGUCCCAUAAUAAGCCAUCGGUUGAAACACGGAGCUCGCCGUGCAGUCCGCCCAGAAAACUGCGUAUGGAAAUCUGCAGCUGAGCCCCAGGACACUGCAAAAUGGCACGGGCUGCUUUGAGUGCACCAGUAAUGUCUUGCCUCCAGUGGCCGAAGCCGAGCGGGCGACGGGCGUGGCAGUGCGUGGGUAGACUGGCUGAAUUAGCAAGCCUUGAACCUCUUGGUCGGCAGGUUGCUUCACCUUAGCCAAGGCACAAAAAGUUUAGUCACUGUUGGGCAGCAAACUCACUAGGUAAUCUCAGGCGACGCCCAAAGAGCACUUGCCCGUGCAUAGCCAUUGGUGAGCCAAGCGGGCGCAAGGGUGCUGGCCACUCAUGGCAGGCUGCCACCCUGGAGUGGCCAAGUUUGGCCAAUGCAUCGGCUUCUCAUUGUCGCCAUGGGCAAAGCUGCAAGUCGACCAGUUCUUCUGGCACCCUUCGUGCGAAGGGACGGCCUCAAAGUGGCAUCCCAUCCCGUGGCAUCCCAUCUUAUGACAUCCUGGCACCUUUUUUGAAUCAUCCACCCGCUCGCUGUCCUUUUGGCGCAGUCCCCGUGCCCCGUCAGCGCGCCGACGCAAGCUUUGGUUUGUGGCAAAGAGUUGCGCGGCAGGAACGCCUGUGACCUUCUGAUGGCAAUGGCAAGCUCAGAGCUCUGCGUGACUCGGGGGCUUGGCGCGGCCGAAGAAUACGCCUGGCGCCACUGAGCUGUGGAUUUGGCUGAAAAUCGCACAGGCGAUCUUGAAACCCAGUCAUCUUACUGACUUACGUGCCACCCAGCUUUUCGGUUGAACGGACAAAGUUACCUCCUGUCUCGAAAAAAUGCCACCGUGCUUGCCUGUUUUCAGUGCUCCCUGCCAUGCCUCGGCCUGAGGGGGGCCAGGGCCGCCUGAGCCACCGUAGACUGGCCUGGGAAGACGCCUGCGACCUGAGGCACUGAGAGCUGUGAGCCUUGCCUUGGCGAAGUUCAAGACUCGUUCAGUGGCCAAAUCGCCCAAAGUUGCUUGACUUCCGCGUGCGAGGCACGCGCGUGUGUGCGACUGUUCCAUGCAUCAUGCCAUUGGCCGGGAGCAAAAGGCUUACGGCGAAACAGAUGCCACGUUUGUCAGGGCUGUGCUUUUCAUGUGGGGCAAGAUGCCUUUUAGGACCCAAAGCAAUAAGGCACCUGCGUUUGGCGUGGAAUGACGUCAGCUAUAACUUCGGUUUGUGUUUCAAGCCAAGUCCGUGGUAAGACGACUGGCGCUACAGAUUGGCAUUGCUCAGGCCGAGCAAGUGAUAUUUAGGGUUCAAAACCCCGAAGAACGGUUCCCAAGUCAGGAAACUUGCCGCUGUUGUGUGCCCAAAGAGUUUCAGGAAUUGAGAACUGCAAGUCCAAGAUUGCAGUGUCCAGCCCGAGCACUCAAUAUUUCUGGCACACUUUUCUGCACUUUGUAUUUGACAUCAUGGGCUCCUCCUGCAUUGAUUGUGUUUCUGGCCUGAGCAAGCCACAAGCUCGGAAGAGCAGCGGGUCUGUCAGUAGCAACAUGAAGGCGCUAAGGACAGGCCCGUUGGUGUGCCAGGGACCUGGCAGUAACUCAGUGGAAGUGACCAGCAGGUUGAAAUGUUGAAGGGAGAAUCCAGAACCCCCUGGAUGGGUACAUCUCAUGGCCGCAAGAUUCCAUGCCGCGCCUGUCAGAGUUCCAUACACUGAUGGCCGCGCGAGGGAACGGAUGAGGACCUGCCAAAAGUCGCCAGGCAACCGGCUGCCGGGUGCAGAGACAUAAAUUGAAAGUUAUGUUCAUGGGCCCCAAUGGAACGACAUCACAUCAAGCAUUCGAACCCAAGACUGUGGGACCGAAUGGAACCCACCAAGCCAAGGGGCCCAAUGGAAUAAAGGAAUAAACCAUCAUGUCCCAGCACUUCCUGAGGUCAUCCCGCGCCUUUUGCCCGGACAAACCUGGCCCCAGAUCGCGCUACCUCAGGCUCAGGCCUCCUCCGCCUCGACAGAGGCGACUGGGCCGACGCUCAUCGCGCUGCACGGGGGCGCGCGCUUCGAGCGGAUCCCCAACUUUGCGCUGGCCAAGUUCUUCCCCGGACAGGUGUGCUCCUGCGCCCCGGUGGAGGAGACGUUGCGCCACAGCUUCUGCGACCUUUGUUUGGGCCUUGUAGCGCCUCUUCGCGUGGCCGACGUUGACGAGGAAGGUGAGAUGGACUUGAUUUUGAUGGGCCACAGCUUCGGCUUCGCCUUGGCCCAAGCGGUGGCCCAGCGCCUCGCCGCCGCCGGCGCGGCCCUGCGCGGCCUGGUGGCCUUGGACUGCCGCUGCCUGCAGCGGACUGCGCUGGAGAUCGACGUGGUCCCUCGGCGCCUUCGCGUCGACGUGGCCUCGGCCUUCCACUCCGCGGCCUUGGCCUUUCGCAGCGCCGCGACGGAGCUGCGCGUGGCCGCGGCGCGGGUGGGGCGCGGGGGUCUGACGGGGCGGCACCUGGCGCGCCCGGAGGUGCUGGCGCCCAAUGCCGCGGCCGGCGCGGGGCAGCAGAGUAGCCUGGAAGUGGCCGACUCGGACCACUGGGAUUUGCCCAUGUCCCACGUUUGGGACAUCGCCGCCGUCGUGCAGAAGCUUACGCGCUGCACCAAGCGGCCGCGAAGAUCCUUCAAAGCGUGGAAGAGCCAGAGGUCUUGUGACAGCUCUAAGGAUAUCGGUUCCUGGGAUAUCGGUUUUGGUUGGUUGGUUGGUUGGUUGGUUGGUUGGUUGGUUGGUUGGUUGGUUGGACCAUCUCAAGCUCAGGGGCGCGCUCUGGCGCAGGCAGACGCGAAAGGUAUUCCGCCGGCCCCAGAGAGCGGUUUGGUUUGACGGCCGUUUGGACGCGGGUCGGGUCCAUGAGACAUCUCGGACCUGCUUUCAGGGCAUGGCAUGCAUGGAUGCGGUGCCACACUUGGGCAGUGCUAUGACUCGUGACACGCAACUUGAAACUUGCUUGUGCGAAGCAAAUGGAAGUCAAGGAUUCAAAAUGGGCACGAAUAAACAGGACCCAGCUUGCGCAAAAGGACGGUCAUGAGUGUAGCAUCCUGGAACCAACUUAGGGGCACUCACUGGCAAAGGCUGGGCCACCCGCGGCUGAGCCACAAUCUUUAUGUCGGAUAAUUAGUGCCUGUGUCCGAGCAAUGUGGUAGCUCAAGAACUCCCUCGCCCCGUAGCAUCUCUAGAGUUCCUGUAGUUGUUCGAUGGCUGCCUGGAAAUUUGGACACCUCAUUCCUCAUAGCAUGAGUUGCAUGACACCCAGGUGCGCCCCGGAGUAAAAUGGCAAGCUCGUGGCACGCACUCUCAGCGAGUUUGCGUACAUAAGGCUUUUCCAGAAACCACGACCCUGGGAGUUCCGUCGAAAAAUGCGAAGAAAUUGCCGGGAGAGAGCGGAAGCACGUACUCCCCAAACCUUGGACAUGCUUCUUUGCGGUUGGAUAUGCAGCCCUUAGCAGACAAGACAUCUCCUCCCGCCAAGCCAUCGACAGCAAAAGCUGGUGCAAUUUCCGUCCGGGGUUUGGCCGCUUGCAGCGAACGCUGCCUGUAAUCGAUGACAAUUUUUACAAAACAAAGGCUCAUAAUAGGGCGCCCCCACCGACAUGUCGCAAGAUGACGUCCCCGUAGCACUAAGCGCCGCAGCUUCCGGGGCUUGCUCGCAUGCAGCGCCUCACUUCCUGGGCAGUGAUUUGCUCCGAGAGCGCUCCCCAUGACAAGGAACUUGCAAAUUGGAUGUGUGGAGCAAGACCGGCCUGGCACGCCUCAAUGUUGAGAGCGCAACCACUUGGAAACCAGGACCCUUUGCGUUUGCGAGGUACUUGGACAAUGCAGAGUCCGCAGGCCGCACGCAGAUCUGCAGAGUCAGUGCUUUAGAUACUAAUCAACUCGUCUUCUCUUGCUUGGGAGAGUUGAAUAGCUGCAAAGAGCUUUGAAUAGCUACAAAGUUAUUGAGCUGGCUCUUGGGAACCACGGCGAGAUGGAAGCACUCCGCGCCGUUUCUUGACUUGCGCCUUGGGGCUGGAACGAAUGCUCGCGUCCCCUCCUUCAAGCUUGACCCGCUCUUAAAAGAUACAGUCUGCCCAUUUGAAACAUGGCUUUUUCCACGAAAAUGAAGCAAUGUUCAGGUGUAUAAUGUGAGGAUCCCUGUUGACACUGGCAACCGCCAGUUUAACACUGUGACCGACCCCGGCCUAUGUCCUGCAAAUGCAGCAACAGAGGAGGGCAGGAUGUAAGUAAGACACCAAUUCGGACUUCAACGCUUCCGAAAUGUUGUGUUGCCAUGUGCUCUGCUUCGCUUCACCAAAGCCCUGCGGGGCUGGCUCACAGUCACAAAAGUUGAGCGCAGCUUCAGCACUGGGACCCGAACAGGGCGAUUCCAUGUCCACGCCCUCGAAGGCAGCAUUUUGCUCACUCCACUCGCUGGUGGAGUCUGCAAUCCAAGGAUUGCGAAUUUGCCAUUGAACGGAUCUUGAUGUAGUGAAGUGCCCGCACUUCCAACAGAUUGUUUUAUUG